UGAAUUGUUGUUUAAAUGUGAUUCGGGGAUCAGCUGUGUCACUCAAGGACGCAGACCAGCCUGUCCUGCAUUCCUCUGCUGCCUUUCAUGGGAAAUUAGAUCGAGUUUUGGCAGCCGUGGUUAUGGGAAUAUUUCUCUUCGACUUCUUGAUUUAAAUGAUAGACUUACCGUGCAUGUAAUGGUUAGAAAAUAGGAUAGCGAAGGUUGGGCACUUUGUUGUUAUGGCGUUAUCAGUACCGUAGCAGGGAUGCGAGAGGGUGACGAGUUAAAAAUUAAACACUAUUAUUAUCCUUCUCUUUGUAUGAUCCUCACUAUAGCUCAAAUCGAUACGCAAAAAGGAUUGCAUAGACAGCAAAACUUUACUUUCCGACUAAUGUGCAACCUUACCCUCACUACACAAAAAUGUCGUUGGGCGCAUGCGCGGUGACGUAGUGAAGAAGACCAGACAGAGCUUUGGUUCACUUAGACUAUCCUUUGUGGAGUAGUCAGUGUCUCUGUGUUAGUUCACCUGGUGCCAGGGGGGGAAAAAAAGAUACAUAGAAAGUUAUUGUUUGGUUGUGGCAUUGUGUUACCCAGGGCCUGGAUACACUUCGAGAACUGACGAUAAGAGAGAAAAUCCUCUCGUGGCGUCACUUAUCAGCUGAGAAAUGGAUGGAUCGGUAAGACUAUGAAUUCCUAGUACAUAAUGGAGAAUAAAGUUGAAAUAGAAAAGGAAAAAUAGUUGUAAGAAAAAGAAAAUAUAGUUGUAAGAAAAAGAAAAAGUUUGUUCGAGUCAGGCUGUCACCCAAGCGAUAAACGAUGGGGUCGUGACCUUCAACCCAGCCGUGAAGCGGUACACCUGCACAGUCUGCGAAGUGCCACUCUCCGGAGGCACUGACGUCGCGAAACAUCUCGAAGGGUCCAAGCAUCGUGAGGCCGGUGCCAGGUACGCUGUCUCGAAGCCGUCAGAAGCACCGCAAUCUCUAAAGGGCCUCCUGUCGCCCGAUGUGCUCGAGGCGGCCGUGGGUGAAAUGGUGAUUGUUACGCCAAAGAAGGUCUACGAAUGUCGCAUCUGCUGCGUCCAGCUUUCGGGUUUGGUGCCUCUGAAGAGCCACUUGGUGAGCGACGUUCACAAGAAGAAGGUCGAGGCGCAGAGGCUGACGGACAGCAGAGCUCUUAAAUUUGCCCCGACUCUUGGCUCUUCCCGUGGCCCUCCCAUCUUCCGGGCCACGGCUGCGACGCAAGAGAUUCUGGGCUUCCACGCCCCGUCUGAUGUGCAGGGCUUUUCGGUCGUCCAGACGCCAACUGCUGUGCAGGGCGUCUCUGUUAUCCAGACCCCAACGAACCUCCAAGGCGUGUCCCUCAUUCCAAGUCUUUCGGCAAUCCAUAGCAGCUCAGACUUUAGGACUUCUUUCCCUGCCCCGGGAAACUCGGUCUUCACAGCGUCCACGCCUACAGCCCCAAGCUUCCAAAUCACUGACGAAGAAUUUAAAAAUUAUGCUGCGGUUUUUGGCACUGAACCACCCUCAGGAGGUUUCUCUGCUCUUUCCAAUCAGCAGCAGCCAUCGCAGGCCGAGGAGGAGAGUGAACUCGAAAAAGCCUUCCGCGAGAUGCUGGUGAUUCAGACGGACAACACUGCUGAACCCUUUUCGUGCAUUGCCUGUCAGAAAAGGUUCAAUAGCUCUUACACACUAUCAGACCAUCUGAAAAGUAAAAAGCAUAAGAAAAAGGAAAUGGAACUUGGUCUACAAAUGCGAAAACAGAGCGAGAAGGAAGAUCCUCCUGUAAACCAGAUGGGGGCGAACCAUGGCAAAAGCAGGCGCGAAUACUCAGUGGUGUCCGAUCCCCGCGGCCAUGUCUAUAUCUUCAACAACACCUUCGACGGCCAAGGGAAAAGCCAGCGGACAGGCGCCAACCUUGACUCUCUGAACAUCCAUGAUACCUUCAGGAAGAUGGGCUACGAUGUCUUUAUCCUUGAAGACCUGUCGAAGGAGCAGACCCUCAUGGCCUUCAAUAGCAUUCGGGGCAACGCCAACCUGAGUGGCGUGGAUGCUUUGAUCAUCUUCAUCCUGAGUCACGGCGUCGACCCUUACACCUUCAAGGCGAACGACGGCCAAGAAAUCUCUCUCCACAAGAUCCGCUUCAGCUUCACCAACCGCGGGUGUCCCUACAUGAAGGGGAAGCCAAAGAUCUUCUUCACCAACUACUGCCGCGGCGAUCAGAUGGAGAAGCGGGAGCUGGACAGCGUGGAAGUACCCUGCGAUAUGGUCACGAUACACGCCUCCAUCGAGGGCGUCAUGGCACACAGACUGAAGUCCUCGGGCACGGUGUUUGUUAAGUGCCUCUGCGACGUGCUGAACAAACACGCCCGCAACAUGGAGCUCAGGGAACUGUACGGAGAGCUCGGCGAUCAGAUGAGGCAAAAUAAGGGAACAAGACCCAUGUGGGAGGAUUAUGGAUUCGAGAGGUUCUGCUUCAACCCUGUCUGAUGCGCUGUGAUGGGCGUAGUUUUCUCUCUCUUGCCCUUUUAUGCGUGGCCUUCUUCCUUUUCAUUAUUAUCUUCUUUCCACCCCGAAUGCCCAGAUAAAACCAGGUGGCGGCGAUCAAUGACAGUCCAACUAAUAUGUCUAUAGCGUUCAAAAUACUAGGCUUGUAGAGAAGGUGCGUCAAAAGUCUUGUCUUUAUGAAACACAAGCAAUGUUUUUUUCAUGUUGAAAUAACGCUUUUCUAGACAUUGUGUUUCAAGCUAUCUAGGAUUUAUAAGGGCAAGACACUGUUUCCAGGUGCCCCGGGUGUAUUUUGAAAAACAUGUUUCUAAUUUAUACAGUGAACUGUGAUAUUUUAUAAGUCCUGAAUGGCUAAUCACCAAGCAUAAUAAAUAUUUUUUGUAACACUUAUAGAAGCAUAAUUAUUACCAUUGCCAAUGGUAAUUUUCCUGCACUAUGUAUUUUUUAUUUGCAGAAAAUAGUUUCCAAUUUUUAUCCAGUCAGUUUUACAAUUGUGAUAUUUUGGGUCGUAUAGGCAUUUUUAACUGACAUUUUCUCUGAAGGUAACAGUUUAUGCAUAGUAUUAGGAAUACGAAAUACAUUAGUUAUGUAAUAAAGAUUUAUCAAAUUACAAA